AUGCGGGUUUUUGGGCUUGAACGUGUGAACAAAAAAUUUCACUUUCAGAAAAAUAAGUAUUCCGAUGGAUUUACAACAGAGCCCCCCGAGUGUAAGAUGACCCAACAAGGCGGCGAGUACUUGGGAACGAACGAGGUCACCCACGCGGGUCUCCCGUGCAGACCGUGGGGGAACUCUUGGAAGCCCCCCGAAAUCCCCGACUGCUGCGGCUCGGGCUUCCCAGACGAGGAAGUCGACGGGAACCACAACCUCUGCCGCAACCCGAACGGCGAAGCCGCUCCCUGGUGCUACAGCGAAGAAAACGGUCAAGAAUUCUGCGCCGUUCCGUUCUGCGCCGUCAAAUUCGAGGAAGGCGACGGGCUCUAUCCAGAAUGCCGACUGAAGGAGAAAGGAAAGGAAUACGUUGGAACGAAGAACGAGACCGAGACGGGUCGACCUUGUCUCCCUUGGGACUCUCAGUCUCACCGCGAGCCUUGGGGUUUCUCCAACAGCAGCGAAAUUGCAUACAAAGAUCACUUCCUCAAUCGCGACCUAUCGAUCCACAAGAAUUACUGCAGGAAUCCGGGUUUUCACAGAGAGAGACCCUGGUGCUUCGUCUCGGAUCCGAACGUCCAGUGGGAGUACUGCGACGUACCGUUCUGCCGUGAUCUCGAUCCGCCGGAGUGCAAGCUGACGGGAAAGGGAGGGGAAUACGUGGGGCGUCGGAGCGUGACCAUUUCGGGGUUUCCGUGCAUGCACUGGCUGUCGAUUAAGACUACGAUGUCGGUGCCGCUUUUCAAAUAUUUCCUAUCCGCAUCGCCGGACGAAGUGGAUGGAAGCCAUAACUUUUGCCGAAGCAUCGGGCUAGGUACUCACGGUCCUUGGUGCUUUUCGAGCUUACCCACCGGGCCGAGAAUUGAGUACUGCGACGUCCCCUUUUGUCCCGAGAGCGACGGCAAACUAUGUGACAUUCGAGUCUCGGGGAAAUGCAUCAGCUCGAGGGAAUGCCGAACGACGCCGAAAGGCCUGGAGUACAUGGGAACGAAGAGCACGACGAAAUCUGGCUACCCAUGUCAGCCGUGGAUGAGCAACACACCGAACAAUCAAGAACUGAAGGCACAUUACAGUUCCAACUUCGGAGCUUCCUUCCCGGACGACUUACACCCUUCUCACAACUUCUGCCGGAACCCAACCUCGGACCCAAAAGGUCCUUGGUGCUAUAACGGAGCUGGAAAGAAACCCUCCACGGACUACUGCGACAUCCCUUUCUGCUGA